AUGACGCUCACCCUACCGCGCAACGCUGUCCUCACCACGGGCUCAAUCUCGGACGACCAGGUGUUGGAUCCACGCAAGUCCAUGCCCGACUACCGGCGCGAGAUCUACGACCUGCUUCAGUACCUCGACGAGGAGCAGGACAAGAUCGAGAAGGAGCUCGCCAAGUUUACAUCGCAGCCACGUCGGCCGCCAACCCAGGCGGAGGAUGUCGAGUCGGAGGACGAGGACGACUUUGUCGUGGUCGAGGACGUGAAUGCGGCGAGCCGCAAGAAGCAGCUUCUGAACCAGCUGCGUCAGCUCUGGAGGACGCGCGAUGCGCUCCGCAAACGCGCCCAGCAGCUCAACAUUCGCAUCGACAGCCUCUCGUACGCCAAAGGCGCCGGUCUCAUGCCCAUGGACGACCUCCCGCACGGCACGCAAGGCCUCGACCUCGCCGAAGAUGGCGAAGAUCUCUGA